GGGCGCCGGAACCGAACCGGGCCGGGCGGGAGGUAAAUGCAUCGGCUGUUCCUCAGCGCCACAUUCGCCAGGCGGCUUGGCCGAGCGGCUCGGGCGGCUCUGGGGCUUGGGGAGCGGAGGGUCGGUGGUGCCUCCGCCGGACGGCGACAGGGGGAAAGGGGUUAAAAUACACAAAUUAAACACGCGCGGGAGCCCCGUGCCCCGCAGGGCCUGGCGAAUCGGCCGGUGCCCACGGAGGAGCCGCCAUCCCGCCGCGACGGAGAGGUUUUCUUCCCGGUAGACAAUGAACGACUGGGCCCCCAUAGCCAAGGAGUACGACCCCCUCAAGGCCGGGAGCAUUGAUGGCACAGACGAAGAGCCCCAUGACCGGGCCAUCUGGAGGGCUAUGCUGGCCCGCUACGUACCCAACAAGGGAGUUACCGGAGACCCGCACCUCACCCUGUUCGUAGCGAGGCUCAAUCUUCAGACGACAGAAGAGAAGUUAAAGGAGGCUUUUUCCCGUUAUGGAGACAUCAGAAAGAUCCGUCUGGUUCGAGACUUGGUCACGGGGUUCUCCAAGGGCUACGCAUUUAUUGAGUACAAAGAGGAGCGUGCUCUCUUGAAGGCCCACAGAGAUGCCAACAGACUGGUUAUUGAUCAGCAUGAGAUCUUUGUAGACUUCGAACUGGAAAGAACUCUCAAAGGAUGGAUUCCUCGCAGGCUUGGGGGUGGUUUUGGAGGCAAAAAAGAAUCUGGGCAGCUGCGGUUUGGAGGACGGGACAGACCUUUCCGAAAGCCCAUCAAUUUGCCAAACAUGAAAAAUGAUUUCUAUGGAGAAGGAUCAGCGGAGAAAAGAAACUGGUCUCGUGAGGGAACACGGGACUGGAGAACAAGGGACCGAGACCAUGAAAGGAGCAGAGACAACCGAAGGCCAGAAAGGGAGCGGUCGUGGGCAUGGGGUGAAAGUGAGAGAGAGCGCGACUCCAAAGAGGAGAGGAGCAGAGGGAGGGAGCGGAAGGACAGAGACAGGAAGGACAGGGAUAGAGACCGGAGCAGGGAAAGAGACAGCAAGAAGCAAAGAGACGAGGAUAAGCAUCGGUAGGUGACAGUGCCUUGUCACUGGGUUUGGCGUCUGCUCGUCCACCCAGUACGUUCCAGUCACAGAUGUUGCCUUCAUGGGGCUGUGAGCAGUGUUCCGAACACGCAGCUCUGCUGUUACUGUUGUGUGCCCUGACUUGCACGUCCUGGAAACUCUGUAGUUUGGUUGCUAAUGCAGUUAAGAUACGUGUUGAGUUGUUCUUCAGAGAAAAUAAACCUUUGUAUUCGUGUUUUUGAA